UUUUGUUGUUUUACUGAAUUUCCGUGAUUUAAUUUGUGUAAAUUAUAAAAUCCUCUAGUUGGUGAUUUCUGUACACUGAAAUGGAAACGAUACGCAUAAUUUUAUCAUGACCAUAGUAUGUAAAAAAAUAAUGAUAAGCAAAAUUGUAAAACCUUUCAUAAUUUUUUGGGAUGAUGAAUUCGCCUGUUGAUUAAAUCAUUUGUUCAUCUUUGUGAAGAUCGCAAAUUCAAACGUUACUUCACCAGUUUCAGUAGGAUUAACCGUAAAGUAUCGUUAAAAAGCAUAACACAAAAGCGUCUGACCUAUGAUGCGCGAAUUACGUAACCAUAUGUAAUAGAUAAACAGUACAAAGUGAUAAUAAGUAGUUCACCGGUUUUCUCGCUAUCAAUUCGUACUUUUUACUUAUUAUGUGUGGUUACAUAAUCUAUUUCAUUGGGAUCACUGACUCAUAAGCUACCUAGAUUGAUUUAAUAUUUUCACAUACCUAAUAUAAAUAUUCAUUUAUAUUACAGCAAUGCCUUACUGGUGAUAAUGAUCUUACUGAAAACAACUCUAUUCGCCUGUUUUUGUUAUUCCAACUUUCAUCUUAACUAUACACCAUAUUGUAAACUUUUGAAUACUUGCUAAAAGCUUUUACUGACUGUUGACAUAUUAAGAUUAAUUCAACUAUCCAAGUAGAUAAAAUGAAUGAUAAACGUGAGAACUUACGGUUUUGUCAAAUCUCUUGUUUCCUAGAAAUUUUCUAGACAUUUUAUUUACAACUUGUAUCGUCGAAAUUCUUUACAGUUUGUUAUUUUCAUAAUUUAAUUUAGUUUUUGAACAAAUCCUACGAGAAAACUUACAUUAAACUUAUUGCAAUGUUGAAUUCCUAAUUGUGUUUUUAUUUCUAAAUUGUAAAAGUGAUCUAGUCACUUAUUUAUACAAAUGCCCUGAUACGGCCGAGGGUGGGGAGAGCCCGCUCUCUCUCUCUCGAAAUGCUCUCAUAAGGCCACGUGUAUACAGCCACUGUCAGGGACAUCCUACUCACUGCCUUCUCGCGGCGAGGGUAUUGUUUACGAAAUUGAGAGGAUGAAAAGCGAAUGUCCGUCGCUUUAACCUGGUUAGUGAAUAUAGAGGAUCCACCUAGGGGAGUUGGAAAACCCUCAUUCCAAACCAAUGGCGCUCAUGGGCUCCAGGAUCCUCAGGAAACGAAUGGCGUACGAACCUAUUGUUGGUCACCCGUUACCAUGGGACUACAUUUCCUGACGUUGCUCCAUUGCCUUGUGGAUCAGACCUUUAAGUCGAAGGCUCCAGAUGUGGCUCCUUAAGGAAACUACUUGCUUCGGUUCGGGCACCCGGGCAGUAUCACAGCCAACACGCAAAUCAAGUGACUUCUGUGGCUCAUAUGUAUUCGGUUCCCCUUUGUACCAAUAUUAAUGAGUUCAAAUAAAUAAAUGUGUUGACUACUUCGUUAAGACUAUUGAUAAGUUGUUUACACUGAUGUAUGGUACUUCACUAUUAGUCUCUAAUUCUAUCAAGAAUGUGAAUUCAAGAAGCAACAACUUACAAAUUUACUGAACUUCGUUAUCAGUAAUUAAGUAAUAAUGUAAUUUAUUUUAAAAAGGUUUUGUAGGAAUCCUUCAGAAGUAUCAACUUAAUUUUUUUCAGAAUUCCGCAUCGCACUGGAUUGACUUUCGUUAAAUAGUCGCUGAAAACCACGUAGCAUUGAUUUUCCAGUUCUGUUCUAACAUAGGGCUGCUCUACAGUACGCAUCUAAAAUCUCACCAGUUUUCGGACCCAAGACUUCCAGGUCUCAUGAUGAGCACUUGACGUUAAAGCCACUGAGUUGAUAUUCAUUGCUUUACAUUAUUAACUUAAGUCAGUUCGUAAUAUUUCAUUUUCACUACUAUCACCCAACCAUUCAUGACUUUUUACAAGUUAUUCACUUAAUAUCAAUCUAUCCUGUCACUUCUGUUGUACAUAAUUCUUGUAAAACCGUUUAAUUACUAGUGACUAGUUUCAUGAUAAUGCUGAGCUAUAACUUGUGGAAAUAAAGGAAUAAGAUGUGAGACUAUAGAAUAAUUCAGAAGGAUACUUGUUCAAUAAAACAUUCGUUUUAGUUAUUUGCCUUCAAGUAAUAAUUAAUCAGAAAAUAAUUUGUAAAUAAAUGUGUUAAGAUAUUAUUUCGGAGAAAUUUACCAUUUAAAUUGUACUAUCCUCAUCUCUCCUAAGUCAUGUGGUAUAUCCAUCCGUGUGUAUAUAUAUAUAUGUUGUGUGGCGAAAGAAUUCAUUUACGGCUGGUACCAAGGGAUACCUAAUAGUAUCUACAUUAACAAUACAAUGAAGAAGCAGUUUGUCUCAUUUCCCAACAGCUAAAUCAAUCGUAAGUCAAUCAUUGGUAUUGUGAGAUGAGUGUCACAUGGAAUAAAGAUAGAGGCAAACGGAUCUUCCAUUCUAUCCCUUGUAUGUGUACGCCGAUAAAAGAGAGGGAGUCAUGAAUAAUAAUGUGGCAGUUGUCCAAUGCUUUUCGGCUUUUCUUGCAAUUCCAACUCGUCAGUUUGUAGUGGAAAUAACUUCCACAUUGUAUUUUCUCUUUAAUCACAAUUCGAUUGUAAUUAUUAUUACCAUUUGGAGAUCGAGUUUCUUUAUUAUUUUUUUGUGAACAUUUAGAAAUCAUCUCUAUGCUAGAAAAUCUAAAUCCAGUGUUACAUGUACCUGUAAAGCCUCGGCUAAAUAGACUAGGCUUAAAUAUUAAUAACUUUGAGUGGGAUGGUCAACGUCAACUUAUUGAUGAAGCAGAAAUAUUUGAUCAUAUUCGUGAUAUUCGAGAUCCUGAACAUCCUCAUAGUCUUGAAGUGUUAAGUGUAUUGACUGAUGAUUGGAUUAAUGUGAAUGAUGCCGAAAGUUGGGUUUGUGUUGAAUAUUCACCAACAAUCCCUGGUUGCAGUAUGGCUACAUUAAUUGGAUUGGCUAUUAAAGUGAAAUUAAUUCGUUCACUUCCUCGACGAUUUAAAAUUGAAGUCAAGGUGAAACCUGGUACACAUGAUUCUGAAGAUGAAAUUAAUAAGCAACUUGCUGAUAAAGAACGUGUGGCAGCUGCUCUGGAAAAUCCCGCCCUGCUUAAAUUAGUAAAUAAUUGUCUAGCAGUUCAAAAUGAGUGA